AUGGAUGAAGAUGAUGUAUUUUUUGUUGAUGAAGAAAGUAGGGUACAAGAAGAAAAAAAACAACAAAAAUUAGCUAAAGAAGGAAUAAAACAAAAGAAAAACUGCAAACUGUAUUACCUUACUAUUGAUUCUUCUAUUUUAAAACAUCAAAAAGAUUUUUUUGUAUUAAUAAAGUCUCAACUUGAACAACAACAAUUUCUGAAUGAAGAAUUAAGAAAUAUGCCAAUGCAAUUUACUUCAUUUAUUAAUUGGAUAAAAGAAAUAAAUUUUGUUAGAGUAGUAUUAAUUAUUACAAAUACUUCUAAACUCCUUAAAAAUAAUAUUGAAUUAUUUUAUGAAAUUACAGACGCGUUUCUUACUUUAUUAGAUAACAAUCAUUUAACAGUAAUAUUUACUGCUCUUUCUGAUGAUAUCUUUGCUGAUAAAAAAAUUUCUUCAAGAAUUACAUUUGGUAGAGAUCCACUUAUACUUAAAGGUAUUUCUUCUCCUGAUGAAAUGAAAUCAUUUCUUUUAAAAACAACAUCAAUUAAUUCUAAUGAGUGUUGGAAUACAUUUACUCAAUCAAUAUUUAAUGAUAAAGAUAUUAAUGACUUAUUUCAAUUAUGUAUUACUAUUAAUCCAAUACGAAAUAUUGCUAUUCAUUUACUCCAAAUAAAUCAAAUUAAGUUAAUUCAUUCAGAUAGUUCUUUUAUUUCAUUUAAAAUUCUUACAUUAUUAUAUCCUCAACCAAUUUGGAAUUUAACUCCAUACCAAUAUGUUGUAUUAAUUGGAUUAAACCGACUUUCACAAAUAUCUUCCUCUCCAAUUAUUUUAGUAUCAGACUUAUGUGAUUUUCUCUUUAAAAAUACAAAAAAUAUUAAUUUGUUACAAAAUAUUAAACAAUCAUUUUAUUCAUUAAAAGAUUAUCAUUACCAAAUUUUAUUAGAAUUACAAACAAUUGGUCUUGUUACUGUAAAUAUUAAGAAAUCAACUGUUAAUUUAGAAAUUACUCAAUUAACAAUCAAUGAUAUUACAACAUCACUUAAAUCUAAUCCUCUUUUUAAAGAAUUAAUAGAUUGGAAUAAUAAUCUUAACUUAGUUUUCCAAAAAUGA